UGUGUUGGGUGUUCGGCUUCUCUCCCUGGUCAGGAGCGCCGAGCGAUCGAUGGAGUUGCAGCUGACGACGACGGCGAUUCAUUCUCGGUAUACCGGCCAUUUCCGUGCCGGGUCUGAACGGGAAUUAGGUACUGACUUCUCCUUUCCUCUUCUCACUGGGCAAACAAAAGCAGCAGCUUUGUGAAAAUAUGCCUCCAAAAUUCAAGCGCCACCUCAAUGAUGACGACGUUACCGGAUCAGUGAAAAGCGAGAGGAGAAACCUCUUGGAGGAAGACUCAGAUGAAGAGGAGGAUUUUUUCUUGAGAGGUCCCUCAGGUCCAAGGUUUGGACCCAAGAAUGAUAAGAUCAGGCAUGUUCAGAACCAAGUUGAUGAAGUCAUUGAUGUCAUGCAAGAAAACAUCACCAAGGUGAUAGAAAGGGGAGAGCGGCUGGACGACUUGCAGGAUAAGUCAGAGAGCUUAUCAGACAACGCGACAGCUUUCAGCAACCGAUCUAAACAGCUCCGAAGACAGAUGUGGUGGCGUGGCUGCAAGAUGAAGGCCAUUGUGGCACUGGUUGCUGUUGCAGUUCUCCUAGUGAUUAUUGUUCCCAUCAUCCUAAAAUACCACACUUGACUUGCUGAUGGAGUUUGCUGUGGACGUGGCUUUGGAAUGACAGCCAAGCAAGCCGCUGCGUGCUUUCAGUGGAACGUAACAUGUAUAUAGCUUUGAAAUGUUUCUUUCCUUGAAGGCAGGUGACACUCUCUGAGGAGGGUAUUCGGAGGACCUGACAAAUCAACCUCUUUUUUUCCAGCCAAAAGUUCAUGUUCGUGUCAACUUUGAAUCUAAAACCUCACCAUCCGCCUGUUGAAGGAAACCCUGUUUGGAACCAGACAUUUGCUGGUGUAUUUCUCUCUCUUUUUUUUACAUUGUAUAUAUUGCUACCUGCUAAUGAUGUUAUUUAUAAUUUAAAACAAUGUCCUAUCACUGCUGGCAGAGUUCAGUGGUGGAAAAGUCGGGGGUGGGAUGAAGAAUAUAAUAUCAGUAUCACUGUUCUAAGAAAACCUAACUGUUCAGUGGAAUGACUGCCAGGAUGUCACAUUUUUCUCACAUGUAUGUUUUAAAACCAACUUGAUUUUGCAAGCAGAUUUUCUGUACUUAUACGGGGUACAAAAGAUCCAUGUUCUUGGUAUUACUGCUUAUGAAUGUGACCUGAAAAGCAUUCCAGUAAAAACCUAUUUUUGACUGUAA